CUGGCCUAGCUCUUCCCCCUUGUGUUGUAACUCCUCCCCCUUACGGAAAAGGUCCCUUAGCCCACUUGAUUCUAGCAUCUAGCGUUAUGCGUUAUUUUGGUGGUUAUCUCACACUGUCGCUGCGUGCGUGAGGCGGAAGUGACACACUCCCGCAGCGAUCGCACGGUGUGUGAUGGGAUGUGUAGUCUUGGUAGAUCUGGCGAUGCGCACUCACAACUUCCGAGAGAUUGUAAACAAAGGAAGUGCCCACAGACAGCUACAAUUGCGGAUCAUGUCAGAGCUCCAUAUAUGUGUCCAGCUGGCAGAUCAGCCCCUCUCUCCGAAAUCCAUCGUCCACCUCCCAGUUAACUCCACCAUUGAUGGAGAUUCUUCAUGUGGCCACCGGGUGUCAGUUGUCAAGCAGCUUAUUACUGCUAUGCUGCCAGAGUCCCUCCCUGACCCAGAGCUGAUUGAUCUAAUACACUGUGGCCGGCGACUCAGAGAUGACCAGACUCUGGAAUUCUAUGGAGUCCAGUCAGGCAGCACAGUCCAUAUUUUGCGUAGAGCGUGGCCAGAACCUCCACCCCGGCCCGAGCCUGUCGAUAAAGUUGCUGCUAGUCGUGAGUUCCGCGCUCUGCACACAGCUCUGCAUACGAGCUCUGCCUAUCGUGAUGCAGUGUUCAAGCUGCUUGGGAGCCGAGAAUCCUUGGAGCAAAUAGUUGUGGCUACUCCUGGCCUUAGCUCUGAUCCUGUAGCUAUGGGAGUUCUGCAGGACAAAGAUCUGUUCACUGUGUUUACUGAUCCCAGCAUGCUGGACACGCUGGUUUCGUCUCAUCCUGCACUUGUCAAUGCCAUAAUACUCAUCCUACAUUCAGUGAGUGGAUCAUCUUCUUUACCUCCAGCAGAUGGCGCUGCUCUCACAGUUCCCCCUGCAACAUUGCACAUGCCAGGUGGAUUCCUGUUUGAUGGUCUGUCUGAUGAAGAGGAUGAAUUCCCACAGACCUCCCGCUCAGGAUCAUCUGCUAGCACGUCAGGUCCCCGUCCUGCUUCCCUUGGAUACACAGGAGCAGCAGGUCCACGGCCCAUCACCCAAAGUGAACUGGCUACAGCUCUAGCACUUGCAAGUACACCAGAAAGCAGCUCUCAUACACCCACACCUGGAACACAGGGUCAUUCGUCAGGUACAUCCCCUAUGUCAUCAAGCGUUCAGUCAGGAACACCUAUCACCAAUGACUUGUUCAGCCAAGCUCUACAACAUGCACUACAAGCUUCCAGCCAGAGUACACAGCAGAGCCAGUGGCAGCCUCAGCUUCAGCAGUUGCGGGAUAUGGGCAUCCGCGAUGAGGACCUUAGCCUGCGUGCUUUACAAGCUACUGGAGGAGAUAUCCAAGCUGCUUUGGAACUGAUCUUUGCUGGGGGUGCUUUGUAAUCUAAUUGUUAACACAUUAUUAUCUCUGGCACCAACUUUUUGUGUUAAACCAUAGAACUUCUGCUUUUUCAAAGAUGCUGAAGAUUGCUGCUGUUAACUGCAGAUAUUGGUUCAAGACUUAAAAGCAAGUUUACUGCAACAUUUCAUUAGUAACAGUAUUUUGCUGUUCCAUUGCUUUGCAUGUGUAAUUUUAUAAUGUAAACAUAUAAAGGUUUCUGUAAAAUACAGAUGAACAUAUAUGUAAUUAUUUAUGUUUGUAGUGGCUGCAGGUCUCACAUUGCCAGACAAACAAAGGUGAUUCUGUGUAGAUAACAUGCUUAUACCCCUUUCACAGCAAAGCAUGGAAGGACUUGGUUUAAACCCUGGUUGUGUUUUGGGGUGAAUGGUUCAUCCCAGAUUAUGAGACCAGGGACCUCUACCCAGGUCAUGAACAAGAACGUGGAUCUGUGUCACAUAAUCCAGGGUGAACCAUUCACACGUGUACACUACCUAGGUUUUUCCUGGUUCCUUGCCUCGCUGUGAAAGAGGUAUACAGAGAUGAUGACAACUUCUCUGCCCUGAGAUUUGUGUGUAAAAGGGGUAUCAGUGAUAAUCAAGUACUGGAUCAGUUGUAUAAAAGGGGGUGUAUUUAUUAAGUGUGAUCAGUUUUACAAAGGAAAAUAAAUAAAAUGUAUACAGUAUGUAGGCUUUUUUUUUUUUCCGUAAAUUGUUUUUAUUGAAGCACCAUAAUGAAAUAUCGUAACAUUACAGUAUCCGGUUUUGUUUUUCUGUUUUUUUAAAUAUAUACAUAUAUUUUCA